AUGCUCCUGGUGCGUGCGGAGAUGGGCGACGGGUCCGUGAUGGUCGAGCCCAGCAGGGAGCAGUUCGAGGAGGUGGCUCUGACCAUCCGGCGCGACCUGCUGAAGUGCGUGGACGCCGUGCCCGCCCUGUCCAGCACCCCCGAGUUCAGGCAGCUCGCUCCGCACGCGCGCAACCAGCAGUCUGCCGCCCAGGCUCUCGCCGCGUGCGGCUGCUUCGACGAGUGCAUCAGCCAGGCGCAGGCCGUCGUGUGCGCCGGCUUCGACGCCGCGCUCAAGCUCGCCGCCUCCACCUACGAGCCCCUCGGCCGG